AUGGCUCCACUGCCGGCAAUUAUGCACCACCCGUGGUUUAUAGCUGAUGUCCCUGGAUGGAACAACGACGGCGUAUCAGUGGGAGAAACAUUUGGCGGGGACCGUGACUAUCUAGAAGCCGCGAUACACAGGCUAGAGCGUCUGCGAGAUCUACCUCAUACGGUGUCGACAUUACUCAGAGGCUCGGGAGAGAGACGGUUUUUCCAAUCUGCCUUUCACUUCCAGGGGAUACAUGAAAAAUGUGUCGAGGCUAACUGCCAUUGGAUUGAGAGGCAUCUGAAAGCUGCAAGCUCUGAACUUGAUACGGUCCUCGAUUUAUACCCUGAGUUAGGUGAGGAAGACGGUGAACAGAGAGUCAAAAGGUGGCUAGAGAACGAACUACAAAAGGGAGAAAGAGUCUCGAUGGACAUCACUUUAUGA